AUGCGACCUUCAAAGCAGUACUCAGUCCCUAUGUCCAUGCAAAUCACUUCCACCGAUCGCAGCAACUUCUACUCGGAAAGCGAGGAUUGGCCUUUCGAAUCAGAGAAUGAUUUCGUUUCCGCUUACACAUCUUCGUCUGACUUAUCGUCGCUCUCGGACAACAGUACUUUCCAGUGGUUUCCGUCUAACGCGACAGCUGGCUCCUCUGGUGCGGGAUGGAUGUCUGGCUUGGAUCUCUUCGACUUCGCCAACGCGUCUUCAUUUUCAGGGUUGCCCUAUGGCCAGCAGCCACAGUCGGAUGGCACUCCAGCCUUAGAAGCCAACUUGAUGCCUUCAAGCUCCCAACUUGGCCGCAAUAGAACAGCAUCCGAUCUGGAGAGGGGCGACAGUCCGACGACAGCUACAUCCGGACCACAUCCAAACACCCAGACCGUGGAACUGACACAGACGGGACUAGACCGUCGGAAGGCGCAGAACAGAGCCGCUCAGCGAGCGUUUCGAGAUCGCAAGGAAAAGCACGUGAAGGAGUUGCAACGCCAGGUCAAGACACUCUCUGCUGAGAGGGCAUCGCUUCAAAAGUCCACUCAAGCCUUGCGACGUUCAUUUCACAGCAUUCUCAUUCAGAAUGAAGUCCUGCGAGCAAAAGCCGGCAUCUCCGAGGAUUCUGUCGUGUCAUCAAUGGCUUUGAAGGCCAGAAUGAGUCUGGUGGGCAACGGGGGCGAUGAUUUAGGCCACGUAGACGGAUUUUCGCAAGCAAAUGUCCUGGCUUCUUCGGAGGAAGACUCUUGA